AUGGCGGAAACCUCGUCCCGAGUCGGCUUUAAGCGGAAGCGCGUCGCCAAGGCAUGUUAUAAAUGCCGGUCGAUGAAAUCCAAGUGUGAUGGAAAAUGGCCUGAGUGUAGUCGCUGUAAGGGCUACGGGUAUGAUUGUGUCUACGCAGCUGGGGGUCGGGCCAAGAGGCGCCAGGGCGCUUCUACUGAUGAUGGCUCGCUGGACAGUGCUGUUCAAGGACAUGGAGAUUUGCGUGAAGCGAUAAGGCAGUAUGAGUCGUUAUUGGACAUGGUAGUGUCGAAGCUGCCUACGCCACAGCAUCAGGAAGACGCAUCUUCAGUGUUGGCUUGUAUGAAAGCCGCUGACAGAGCCUUAUCCAAUAUCGACGCAACGACUCUUACGACAAGGCUCACAGCUAGCUUGACUGCCUCUGACACUGUUUCUUUCCGUCCGCAGGCCAGUCAAGCCGAGAGAUAUCUUGGCAAAGUGAGCGACGUGUGCUUCUUCAACCUGGUCAAGCGGGUUCUGCAGGCUCAGCCCGGGUCUUUGGACUCUGACCAACGAGUUGACAGCUACGAGCAGGUCGAUGAUAUUGCAUCUCCGAGUGUGAAUGUCAUGCCUGGUCGGGUCGUUGAGCUGCCGAGUCGUGAGGCGGCGAAAGUCUUUGCUGAUGUGUACUUUUCUACUGUACAUCUGGCGUUUCCGUUUAUUCCGCAGUCGCCGUUUAUGAGAUCGCUUGAUCAGGCGCUGGAUUCGUCGGAUGACUGUUGUCUGGAUAAUACCAGACUUGCACUGAUAUAUAUCAUUUGUGCGAUUGGAGCUUAUUACACCAGCAUACCGGGAGAACAAAUCGGAGCAAACAAGUGCCAUGAAGUUUAUUUCCUUCAGGCACUCUCUCUAGCUCUGCCCGCUGGGGCAGACCGAUCGAUCCACCAUGUGUCUCUGCUCUUGGCCCAAUGCUUCUACAUGUUAGCAGUCUGCCGAACAGACAGCUGUUGGGCAACAUUGGGCCAAACGGUCCGUAUGGCCCAGAGCAUUGGGUUGCACGUAGAGCAGAAUGAUCCCCAGAGACUCAAGGGACCCGGUCGUUUACUUGUCGAGCGACGGCGGCGGAUCUGGUAUUGCAUAUAUGUUCUAGAUCGCCUGAUCUCUUUACAAUUGGGCCGACCUCCAGCGAUCCAUGAGGAUUACUGCCAUGUUCCGCUGCCGUCCCGGCUUGGCGACUCAGACAUUGAUUGGGAUGGCGACGAGUUUCCAACCAUGUUUGAGGGCCCUUCUGUCGGGGAUUACCAUCUAGAGGUUAUCUCCUUCUCCAAGAUCGUCAGCCAGGUCCUGCGAGACCUGUAUAGCCCACGAGCUGGCCAGACCUUGACCAGUGACCUGUUUAAUACUAAGGAGCUCGACCUUAAACUCAUACAAUGGAAGCAAUCUCUGCCAAGAACGUUGCGAUUCGACUUGGGACAUGCUUUCGACAGGUCCUUCAUCUUCAAGCGUCAGCGAAGCAUGCUGGCGAUUAAGUAUCACCAUCUUCGAGCUCUCAUCCACAGACCGUACCUCUGCUACCCCAUCAUGCGCAAUCUCGAUGACGAGACCGACAUUGCACUCAGCCAGCCGAACUGGGCCCUUGUCAGCAUCUAUGAAAAGUGGCAGAUGAUUUCGUGUUUGAUAUGCGCAGGGUCCAUCUUGGUGGUCUCGAGCAUUUUUAGUCAGCAAACGGGUGAUGCUUUGGAAGGAUUUGAUGCUGCUGGUAUUUCUGAUGAUGCAGAGACUUGCUUGAGAGUAUUUGAAGCUUUGAGUGUCAACUCCAAGGGUGCUAGGAUUGCGAGAGACAUGAUGGAGGGACUAAAAGAAUGCGGUUUGAGAUGGAGAGACGCGACGUUGACAUCUGAGCCACCUUAUGCAGCACCACCAACAUCUCAUACAGCCUUGGCAACUAGAGGGCACAUUCCAAAUCUAGAUGGGCAGGACGCGUCGUUAUCGGAAUUUUCUUUUACCACGCCCAGCGCCUGGCCAGCAGAGAUUGUCGAUUCCAUGGCGUGGUCGGUCCAGUUCUUUGGCGCCGUUCAGUCUGGGGAGUAA